UAUCUUUCUUCACCUCCUCAUCUCUUGUCAGUCCUUUUGAUCAGAGUCUCCUAACACAUCCGGGUAUCCUUUCUCCAGUCUCACUACCUUUCACAGUGUGACAAGUCCCAUCGUCUCAAGCAUGGGCUGCUCAAUUCUCAGAUGUCUCUUUCAAGGCAGCCCUUGCCGCUGUUUGCAAAAUGGCGCUUGGUGUUCGAGUGGUGUCGAAUACCACGACCCACCCCAAUAAGGCAUUUUGGGAAGCCUCUUUACUCGUCGCUAUCCUCCUUGUCGUCUUGUUGGUCUCGCUCUGCUCAUGGGGUGGAGGCUGGCUUUGGGGUAACAGCGACGGAUCUUCACCUCGUAAACCUCGUUCUGACCCGCCCACCAGUACAGGAGCACCCGCCUCGACUCCCUCCCCGCCUGGUGCACCUCCUCAGGACCCACCUGACAGUCCGACAACGCCACCCGGGACGAGUCCUCGCAGCACAGAUAGCAGCGGGACCGACAGUGACUCUGGCGGGUCUCACGACGAUGAGGAAGAUGGAACGAGGAGCCCGGGUAAUGCUGUGAAUAGUCGUGUUCCUCCUGGAUUCAAUGCUCAGACUUAUCAUUUACCUGGAGGUAAUACGGUCAUUUUACGUACGCCCAUCGAUGAGACUGAUCGUGAGGGUCGGACUACAACAAUCACGACGGGUGGAAUGAAUAGGCCAGUCACGGACGGUCAAGGAGGGCGAUCCGCAUACAUACCGUUUGAAGUCCCUCGCAGCUCCUUCCCAGGCAAUACAACUUUUGCCCAGCAACAGGGUCGUCCCGCACAAUCGGGAGCAUCACCUGCGGUACAGCUGCCCCCUUCUCAGCAGCAGCAUCCAGCUCCUCCGGGAGAGCCUAGGGCGGUCAAUCUCCCGCCUGUGACCCCGCUCAGCCCCAAUGUUAUUGUGAGUCCUACUCUCCCCCCUCCCCGGCGCGAUGUACUGAACAUGAUGCCCCAGAACUUGCAACCUACGAUCCGUCAUACGCCAGUAAACGUGAGUCUUGGGGCUCAUUGGCAGUGCUGAGGCCCGCAGGUACGACGUGUAGAGGUCCCAGAAGUCCCAUUUGACCCCCCUGAAAUUUUGAGUGGUGGGAAAGGAAGCAGCCGCGAUCUCCACAUUGAGAUAGAGAAAGAGAAGGCCGGCAUUGGGGAUCUUCAUAUCGAGAUAGAGAAGGAGAAACCCGGUCUACGCGUUGACAUUGCCGAUCCACUGCACAUCCAUGA